CACCACUCACUCUCUCCUCAACCGCUUUCUCUGCAAAUCUUGCAUCUAGUAUGCUCUAGAGGGCAGGUAGUCAUCAAGUAUUUAUCAAGCUCUGGACCCCUUGGUCUUCGGGCAAGAUAAUACCACUUCAGUGACGAGUUGUGCCUCUGAAUCCCUUCUCUCACACCAUCACUCUUAUCCUCUCAAUCUCUCAUCUGAAUCCUUCCUUAACAUCACGUACCUUAACUGUCUCAAAAUGCCAGGUGCCAACAAAGGCAAAGGAAAAGGCCGCGAAGUCCGUCCCUCGCGGAGCCGCAACACCACCCCCAAUUCGAGCUUCAGUGCUGGUGCAACAUCCGCGCAGGCCAGUUACCUCGAUGUUGACGUUUCGAAGCUGCUCAUUCCGGGCACUAUCCAGUAUGGCGAAAUCCUCGAUCGUAUGAGCGGGGUUGGGCCGAUUCCUGAUUCUAAGUCUCUCGAGUCGUUGAUGGAACAUCUCAAGACUCUCAGUCAGCUAGCAGAGGCUCGUGUUGAUGCCUGCGAUGCCGGUAUUAGAGAGCUCUCGCAGAAGCGCAAAGAGGUUGUUGAAGACCAGGAAACAUACGACCGCGAGACUGCAUCCAAGGUGAAGCGCGAUGUCGACGAUGAGGAAGAGGAACCUAUCAGAGCCUCUAAGGGAGGAAAACUGAAGAAGCGUAAGGAGCGUGGAGGAAGCACAAAGGAGGACCGUCCGUUGGCACAUGGUGCUCAUGACAUCGCCCGUCAGGACGGCGCCGAGACAAAGGUCGAAGGAGCCGCUUCCCCAGCCUCCAAGAAGUCGAAGAAUAUGGCUUCUGAAGUCGCCUCCCCCACUUCUCCCUCGUCUCUGACAUCUCCCAAACACACUGCUACUGCUGGCGAAGGUUCCGCUACUGCCGAGACUCCCUCCGAGGACGACAGCGAUGAGCACCAGCCUGAACCCGCUCCGGCCAUUCCUCAAGUUCAGGUGUUUGGUCCGAACCCGCUCAAAUUCGAUGAUCCUACCAUCUACCACAUUCGUGAAGUCACUCCUGAUAUGGCAGAUGAGGAGAAGAAGGAGAUCUAUUGCGUCAACCGUUUCCCAAAGAGUGAUCUGAGCCACAUGAUGGCUGGCGUUCCUCCAGACAAGGAUUUCAGCAACGCCAAACCUACCAAUCAAGUCAGCGCCAACACUUUUCUCUCUUACAUCGAACCUUACGUGCGUCCCCUGACCGAGGAGGACAUUGCGUUCUUGAAAGAAAAGGGUGAUCGCACUACUCCUUUUAUCAUGCCUCCUCGCGGCAAGAAGCACUACACCGAGAUUUGGGCCGAAGAGGAUGGACUGAUGAACGUCGAUCAAGCCAACGGCGAUCGCGAGCGUCUUCCUCUGAACCAGGGACGCGGCAGCAUCGAUCAGGUCACUGACGAGACUGUUGAAACUGACAAGGUCUCUGUCGGACCCUUGGUCAGCCGCCUCUAUUCCCUUCUUCGCUAUGAACACCGUACAGAUCCCGACGAAAACUCCGCAACUGGCGCUGCCAAUGGAGAGGCUUCCACCAGUAACUUCUUUAAUGGAGAUUCCAUGGAUAUCGAUCAGCCAGCUGGUGAGUCCGACAGCAAGCCACUCCUGUCUGCGACUUCCUUCCCCGAUGCUUCUCCCAGCGGCUUCAAGGUCCCCGCAGCCAAGCUCGACCAUGCUCAGCUUGACGAGCGUCUCAAAGCGGAGCUCCGCCACAUUGGCUUUCUCGGCGAGGAUGACAACCCGGAUUACGAUGCUCAUUACGACGACGAUAUUGCACAGCGUUUGCGUCUGCUCCAGAGCGAACUCAAAAAGCAAAUGAUUGCCAACAAUGCCCGCAAGGCGCGGCUCCUAGACAUCGCUCGUGAACGCAUGGCACACCAGGAAUAUACCACCAUCCACGACGACCUCGACUCCCAGGUUCAGCAGGCUUACCUCAAGCGCACCCGCACUCUGGGUAAGAGCAAGAAGGGCUCCCAGGCUAAGCACCGGCCUGGUGGAGCCGGCGGUGGCAGCCACGUCGCCAGUGGUGCAGGUGUGAGCCGGCCUGCCAUUGGCGACGUGGCUCGGACCCUCAUGGACCGGCGCAAGCGCUGGGAGGAGUGCAUCGGGCCCAUCUUCAAGGACUCGAAAACCUCGGUCCCCGGCAAGGGCGAGACCAUCUUCGACCCGGCCGUCAUGGCCGAAUACGAGAAGGCCGAGCUCGAGGGCUGGGACGAGGAGCAGGAGUAGGUCUGCCGGCCGAUUUUACCGAAAUGGUGCCGGCAGACCUGCACUCCUGUGCUCGGUCCUUGCUGUGGUCGGUCGUUUUUCUCUUUUUUCUUUUCUUUUUUUGUGUAUUACCACAUACCCCUGUACAAUGGCGGCGUUGGGAGGGGAUUGGGAAUGAGUACUGGUUUCCUUUUUUCGCGCUUGAUAGCGCUGGUUUACGAUCUCCUGCGUCAAGGACGCAGCCACCCUCGCCAAUGUCGGCGACUGCCAAGUGUCGCUGUCCCCUGUGGGGACUUGGCAACGCACCGGCGGUUGUGAUUUGGUUUGGGCUUUUCGCUGGCGGCCAGACGAAUGACUAAUGAAAUUUAUUUCCCUGGUGGAAUAAUCUACAUCUG